AUGUCUUAUCAACCACUAGCCUCAGAUGAUCCUGACGAACAGAAGACUUAUGGAUCUUUAAAUACAACCCCUAAUCAUAGUCCCACGGCUCUCACGGGUCUUUCUAGCGAGAGUUUCGAUGUAGAAGAUCCUACGACAAACAUAGAUAAUCCAUUCCUAGAUUCCGAAACUGCGGAGUACUGGCGAGAGGUCUACAACAAUUGUCAAUACGAAUGCAGACAUGUUUUUAAUCCUAAACUCGAGUGGUCGGCCACAGAAGAAAGGGAGUUAAUUCGGAAGCUCGACUGGAGAGUCUGCUUAUGGGCGUGUGUGAUGUUUUUUGGCUUACAGGUAGACCGCGGAAACCUCACACAAGCUGUCUCUGAUAAUAUGCUCGAUGACCUCGGCUUGGACACCAAUGACUAUAACUACGGGCACUCGGUUUUCUUAGUCUCGUUCCUGCUUGCCGAAUUGCCUUCGCAACUCAUUUCAAAAGCUGUAGGGCCAGACCGUUGGAUUCCUAUGCAGAUGGUACUGUGGUCUUUCGUCGCCAUUUCGCAGUGCGCGUUGACUGGCCGCGUAUCAUUCCUACUCACAAGAAGCUUGCUUGGCUUCCUCGAAGGAGGUUUCAUUCCUGACCUAGUACUCUGGCUCUCAUACUUCUAUACCUCGCGCGAACUGCCAAUACGACUCAGCUACUUCUGGACCACACUCUCGGCGACAGGAAUUAUUACUUCCUUGCUAGCUUUUGCACUGCUGCAUCUUAGAGGCUUCCUUGGCUGGGAGGGCUGGAGGUGGUUGUUCCUAGUUGAAGGGUUUAUCACCCUGUGUGUGGGAGUAGCGUCAUUCUUCAUGAUGCCUGCAUCUGCUGUACAGACAAAAACAUGGUUUCGGCCAAAUGGGUGGUUCACAGAGCGAGAGGAGGCGAUCGUCGUGAACAGAGUGCUUCGCGAUGACCCUUCGAAAGGGGACAUGCACAACCGGCAGGCUCUAACGCCAAAGCGACUAUGGGAAGCGUUAACAGAUUACGAUCUAUGGCCUUUAUACGCCAUUGGUCUUUGUGCUUUCGUGCCGCAAUCACCACCGAAGACAUAUAUCACUCUCACACUUCGAUCUCUUGGGUUCAGUACGUUUAGCACAAACCUCCUGACUAUUCCGGCCGAUGUAAUGCACAUUAUCAACCUAAUUCUCCUUACCAGAUUAUCUGAGUGGCUGAACGAGCGAUCGUUGGUGGCUAUGAUACAACCUCUUUGGACCCUGCCAUGUAUAUUUGCUCUAAGAUUUUGGGGAGGGGUGGUUGAAGAUAGAUGGGGUACCUACGCAAUCAUUAUGACCCUGCUCUCAUAUCCAUACUGCCAUGCGAUCAUCGUCGGGUGGUGCUCCAAGAACUCCAAUAAUGUUGGCACCCGUACAGUUUCAGCUGCAUUGUACAAUAUGAGUGUCCAAGCCGGCAAUGUGUACGCUUCUUAUAUAUACCGUGAAGAUGAUAAGCCCGUUUAUCGUCGGGGAAACACCACUCUGCUCUUCAUCAACUUAUUCUCCAUCCUAAUAUUCCUUCUAACGAAAAUCUACUACGUGUGGAGGAAUAAGCAAAAGGAGAGUAUAUGGAAUGCUCUAAGCGAAGAGGAGCAAGUCCAAUACAGAAAGACAACCAAAAUCCAAGGCUCUAGGAGGCUUGACUUUCGAUUCGCGCAUUGA